AUAUAUUUGAUGCGUAUUUGGUCUCAUCUACCUGCUCAGAGGCCUUUGGAGUCCUGCUUCCUUUCUCAUUCGGUCCAUCCAAAUUGUCCCUUGAGCUAGAACUCUAAUCUGCAUUCCACUCCUUUCCAUGAGAUACCGGUGAUUCAUUCAACAUCUCCUCUUCUCGGCAUUACUUCAAUUUGCUUUGCUUUUUCCUACUCCAGAAUUGAGCUGUUUCGUGCUUGAAAUUUGUAGUUUUCUCUAAAAAAUUCGUGUCUGGAAUUAUGAAAUGAGUUUCUGGGUGCACUGGUUUUCCAAGCAUUGCAGCAUCGGAUCGAUUAGGGAGUAUUUGAUUCCUAGAUCUCUCAGAACCCACUUCAAUUCUGCUACUUCUGGCUUUUGCUAAAAUCCUGCUUUCUUAAUUCUUCCCAAUAUUUGAUGGGCACGCCGUGAAUUUGCAUUCUGGGUGCUUGUACUUAGCCUGAUUGUCAAUCUCUUUUUCAUUUUCUCUUCAGUAGAUGAGAUGCUGUUUUGGGCUAUUGAUAUUUGUAGAAAUGCAGCUUAUUUGAUUGAGUAGCUAUACAUCUGGGCUUAACCUGUGAGGUUUUAUGGGGUUUGAUCUGUUUGUUUUCAAUUAAUAUCUGUUCAUUUGGGUUCAAUUGUGACGCUCCUUGAUUCGAUUUCUGGGCCAGUUUCUGAUUUUACUCAGAAAAUGCUAGUAAAUGCAAUGGGCGAUUCAGACAACAUAUGGCAGUGGUGCAAUGCCAGGAAGAAAAUGUGCCAUCAGAGAUCAGCAGCAGCAGCAGCAGUUGGGUAUGAUGCAUUCAGUACAAAAGCGAACCCACUGAAGGAGCAAGAAGAAAUUAAGUAUCAGAAGAAGAAGACUGAAAGGCAGUGCUUGGUGGAUCCAGUAGAGCAGCCCACAACACCAGAUCCGGAUGAUCCUGUUAGGAAGGCUGGGAAGCUUGAACUGUCGAAACUUCCUAGCAUUACUUCUCCAUGUUUUUCUUCUUCUGUAUGUGGACAGACAUCUGCAGAUUCUUCGUCCUCUGCGUCCAUUGUGCACGAUGAAGCUGCAGAAGACGGGAUGCAUUUACAAUCAACAGAUUUCAGCUCACCAUCCAGUUGCAAUAACAAUAAUCUAAUCCUAGAACAGAUGGGAUCCUUGUCAAAUUCACCAAAGAUCGAGAGUCUCGACUUGAAGAAGGAUCAGAGCUUGAUUUCAAGAAUGCCCACAAGGGGAUUCUUAAGAAAUCUCAGGCCACUUGGCAACAGAAUUGCCAAACUCAAAGCCUCAUCAGAAGGAUUGGAUUUGCUUGUUGAGGCCAUUUGUCUUCUGGAAAGUUGGGGAAACAAGCUUAUUCCAGUCCAUAGAGAGUGUAAGGCAGGGUUGGCCUUCGCUGAUGCUGGUUUGCAUAAGAAGAAAGUUAUCAGGAGAGCCAAGAGUGCUUAUAAGCAAAGAUGCAUAAAUGGGGAUGCCAAGCAAUGGCACCAUCAAAAGAUUCUGUUAGAGGCUGAUUCAAAACCUGAUUUGCAAAGAAAUAAUCUCUCCGAACUGGGUAUUACUUCAAUCGUUGAAUACAAUCAAAACCAGGAUGAUCGACAUCAAGCAGAAGCAGUACAGUCACGUUUUAUGUCUAGGCUUAGAAGAUCAGUGCGUAGCUCGCGAGGGAAUUAGGCUAGUUCUGUUGUCUAUGCAGAGAAAGCAGGUAAGAGGAUAUAGAGCAAGUAUACGCUCGGUUCAUUUGAUGGAAUAGAGAUUAAGGUUGUCCAAGUUACAUUUUUGCUUCAGAAGAUCACAGUCUUACCCAACGAGAGUUAAGCUGGAAGGUUUAAGUCUGCUGGUUACCUACGCCAUAGAGAGAUGCUUCAAAGAAUAUAAUUAUAGAUCUUCCUUAAAACCUCUGUUCUUUUCUCUUUUGCUAGGGAGCAGCUUAGGAUAGAGUUGAACAAUGUUAUGCAGUGGGUAAGGCGCGUGAUAAAUUUUGUCACAUGGAGGAUGAUGAUAGGAUUGUUUUCAAAACUAUUUCUUUCUUUUGGUACAUUCUAGAUCCAUGAAUUUCAUUCAAAUGUAUCAGUCAAGAAGAGGAGCUAUGUCUUUUGAUUCUUUCCCUUGUCAUCUGUGUACAUGAUAACUUUUGUAAUAGAAUCAUUUGAGGAUUUCAUGGGUA